UAUUCAAAAUUACAAUACGGGAUUCAGUGCUGGGGAGGAACUUUUAAGUAUAAUAUUGAUAAGUUACGUGUCCUUCGAAAACAUUUUAUAAGAAUAAUUCUUAGCACACGAAAGAGAGAAAGUUCUUUUCCAUUAUAACAUCAAUUAAAAAUAUUACAAAUGCAGCAUCUGUUUAUCUAUAAAAUGUUGCGCUUGUUUUAUAUUGACAGUGGUAACACGGGUACAAACCAACUAUUUUACAGUACACGAAGUUGUGGCAAUAAUGUUUUUCGAGUGCCUAAAGUUAAGAAAUCACUGUUCAGACAGUCUUUUGUUUAGGUGCCACAGUAUUAAUACAGCAAUAUCCAUAAUGUCUGACAUUGCACCAGUAAAAAAACUCAUUGUGUCCUCUAUGAAAUUUAAUGGACUUUCCAUCAGAAGUGAUGCUUGUGAUUAUUUUGCUGCUCAAAUAAGUCCCUUAGAUGAAGCUGAACGAGAAGAAUGGCUUGAUAAAGUUGUUGAUUACAUUCAAAAGCAGACUUUGGAAACUCCAUUUGUAGAGAAACAGCUGAUUGAAGCAGCAAUUUUGGAUUGCUGUAAAAGUGAAACAGAAGAAAACAUUACAACUUUCAAUGUUAUAUCAGCAUUUGAUGUUCCUCAUUUUGUGUAUAACAUUGACCGAAAGAAAUUUUUGCCACUGCCUUCAUCAAAGCAACUGGAACUAUUUGGAUCCUCUGAUUCUAAAUGUCAAAUGUUCAAGGACAGGUACACAUUGCUGAAGCAGCGGACUCUGCGACACGAACUGUUCUCAGUGGGUCAACAGUUUCAGCUGCAACCUGUAGAGUAUCUUCUCAGCAGUGGUAGUAACAUUCACAGGGUUAUUGUUCUCGGCAUGCUGACCCAACUCAAAGAGAACCGCUUCUAUAUAGAGGAUCCGUCUGGAUGUGUCCCUCUAGACCUCUCUCAGGCAAAUUAUCAUACAGGAUUCUUCACAGAGAGUUGUUUCGUACUGGUUGAAGGCAAUUACAAAGACAGAGUUUUGCACGUGCAAGCUCUAGGCUUCCCACCGCCUGAGAAUGCUGAAAUCAGCAGGAUAUACUUUGGCUCUAACAAUGUCUUUGGAGGACUAGAUGAGUUGAAUGUGAAAAACUCCGAAAAACUGAAACGCCUUGAAGAAAGUAACACAGAUGCAAUGAUAGUCUUUAUAUCAGACAUCUGGCUAGAUCAACACAAGGUUGUGGAGAAGCUGAAAGUGCUGUUUGCAGGAUACGAUGACUUCCCACCAACUGCUAUGGUUCUAAUGGGUAACUUCCUGUCCAGCAAGCAGGGCAGCCAACUGGCCAGUGUGCUCAAGGCCAAGAUGAAGCUGUUGGCUGACCUGCUGGCACUGUACCCUAACUUGUUGGCUAACACUAAGUUCGUCAUAGUUCCAGGCCCCGGAGACUGCCUUACUGCUAACAUUCUACCCCGUCCAGCUUUAAUACCCUUCUUCACGGAAGACUUAGUUAAGAAAGUGCCGAACAUAGAGUUUGCAACGAAUCCGUGCCGUUUGCAGUACUGCACCCAAGAGAUAGUUGUGAUUCGAGAAGAUGUGAUUACCAAACUGUGCCGUAAUUGCAUUCACUUUCCCUCCACAGACGAUAUACCUGAACAUUUUGCCAAGACUGUGAUCUCUCAAGCUCACCUGGUGCCACUGCCACUUUGUGUUUGUCCUGUCUACUGGGAUCAUGACACAGCCCUCAGGCUCUACCCUCUUCCAGACCUGGUGGUAGUAGGUGAUCAGAUCAAGUCCUUCAAUACCUCCCACAUGAACUGCUCUGUUGUCAAUCCGGGAUCAUUUUCAAAGGGAGGGUUUGGAUUCAAGGUUUAUUACCCAGCCACUAAAACUGUUGAGGACAGCCAACUACCAGAAGAUACACUUUAGUUUUAUGUAUUAUUUGUUGUUGAAAGUUGUAUGUAAUUAUUAAAGUUUUUAUGCUAAUUUGUAUUAA